AUGGCGCAUGGUAUAGCUGAUGAAGAUUCCACAAAAAAAGAAAUUAUCGAUCCACCCGAUGUUCUCGAUCAGAAACUUGAGCAAUUAGCCGAUUGGAUUCGUAAUGCUAAACAUUUUAUUGUGUUCACUGGUAAGUCAAUAAAAAAAUUUCGAACAAGUGAAGUAAUAAAAAAUUGUAAUUAUUAUAGGUGCUGUAUACCUGAUUUUCGAUCCAGUAUGAAUACUAUUCUCCCAACGGGACCGGGUGUAUGGGAACUUCGUGACCAUCCAGGUGUGAAGCGUUCUCCAACGGCUUUUACAGUCACUAUAACAAAAGCAAUUCCAUCAGUCACACAUAUGGCACUUGUCGAAUUGGCUCGUCAGAAUCUUCUUCAUUUUGUUGUUUCUCAAAACAUUGACGGUCUUCAUUUAAGAUCUGGAUUGCCUUCACCCUUCAUAGCCGAGCUGCAUGGAAAUUCUAAUUUGGAAAUAUGCAAAAAAUGUCAGACGAAAUAUUUGCGUGAUUUUCGAACGCGAACAGCCAUUAAAGCUCAUGAUCAUCAAACAACUCGUAAAUGUGCUAAAUGCCGUUCGACACUGUACGAUUCAAUUAUCAACUUUGGUGAGAAUCUUCCCAAACAAGAACUCGAAGCAAGUUUUGAACAUGCACGAAAAGCCGAUGUGUGUCUCGUUUUGGGCUCUUCAUUACGGGUUACACCAGCAGCAGAUAUUCCACAGUUAGUCGGUGAACGCGCUCAUGAUCAUCAAACAACUCGUAAAUGUGCUAAAUGCCGUUCGACAUUGUACGAUUCAAUUAUCAACUUUGGUGAGAAUCUUCCCAAACAAGAACUCGAAGCAAGUUUUGAACACGCACGAAAAGCCGAUGUGUGUCUCGUUUUGGGCUCUUCAUUACGGGUUACACCAGCAGCAGAUAUUCCACAGUUAGUCGGUGAACACGGUGGCCAAUUAAUCAUUGGCAACUUACAAUCGACUCCAUUGACUGAAUUGGCCAACCUCAAUAUACAUGCUUUAUGCGACGAUCUUAUGCGAGGAUUGAUGACUAAGUUAAACAUUCCUAUACCUGAAUGGGAACUCCAUCGACGAAUACGUAUUACAAUUAAAAAACAAAUAAUUAAGAUUAUGGGUCUCGAUCCCGAUCAAGAUAUUCCCUAUACACUUUUUUCAAGAGUAAGAAUAUUAGUUCGACAAGGAACUGCAUCUAAAUACGAAUCUCAAAAACUCACAGGUCAAGAAUUCAUUGAACACAAAAUACCGGUGAACGAUAAUACCGGUAAAAUGGACGUUUAUAUUGAAUUGCAUUGGCAAGGUCAUUACAAUGAACCAAUGUACACGGUUCGAAUGCGAUUGACAGAUUCGACAAAAGAUGUACAUCUAUUCUACAAUCCAAAACGUAGUGUUUGGCGUGAACAAUAA